UUAAAAUUAUUCAGAGUGAUACACCUCCAAUAAUAUAAAAAUAUUACAAUGGCUUGUCACACUAAACUUCCGAAAUUCGAAGACGAUUCAUCUAUAAAAGGAUCCCAUUUAUUAGGACCAGGAUUGGAGUCUAAAUUCGACGAGCUCAAAUACGAAAUAGUCCACAAAAUUGACAAGGAACUACGCGAUUCUAAAAACGCGCGGGAAUAUAUAACUCAGAAAUAUGACGAGUUGUGCAAUAAAAUACAAUAUUUAACUGAAUUAGACGCUACUGUUAAUGGUUUUCGUACUGAUGUGAAAACUAUUGAGAGACAAAUAUUAGAAUUGUCUUCGAGAAUAGAUGAUAUAGAGAAGAGAGCUAUAUGCAAGGAAUGUCCGUCAAUAACGCCAUCUAUGUUGGGAGUACAGAAGUAGUUAAUUUUUGGUAAUCUAUUGUAUUUUUUUUGUUACGUCCAUGUC